AUGUUUUGGUCACUGCUGUGCGUAAUCGUUGCCUUUACCUCCCUGCCGGUAGAUGCACAGAUCUCUAACAGGUAUGUCAUUGGAUGUCCUGUUCGGUGCGACAAGUCGAUGUGCCCGCGGCUACCGGCAGACUGCCCGUCGGGUCAAGCCCUCGACGCCUGCCACUGCUGCCCGGUGUGCGCAUCCGGGGAAGGCGAAGCGUGCGGCGGCAGCGGCAAGCUCGGAGACCCGGUGUGCGGAGAGGGACUGGAGUGCUCGGUCUCCGGCGGGGUGGGAUACUCCGCCACGGUCAGGAGGAGAAGUAAGAGCGGCAUCUGCGUGUGCAAAGCUACCGAGCCCGUUUGCGGGAGCGAUGGGGUCUCCUACCGGAAUAUCUGCGAGCUGAAGAGAGUCAGCCGCCGGGCGCAGAAGCUGCAGCAGCCACCUGUUCUUUUCAUUCAGCGGGGCGCUUGUGGAAAAGCUCAGGAUAACCCAGACAGCCCAAGACACAAAUACAACUUCAUCGCCGACGUGGUGGAGAGAAUUGCUCCGUCUGUGGUUCAUAUUGAACUCUACCGCAAGAUGACCUACUCUAAGCGGGAGGUCGCUGUCGCCAGCGGUUCCGGCUUUGUGGUGUCAGAGGACGGCCAGAUUGUGACCAAUGCCCACGUGGUGGCCAAUAAGCACCGGGUGAAGGUGGAGCUAAAGAGCGGCGCCACCUAUGAUGCCAAAAUCAAAGAUGUGGACGAGAAGUCGGACAUCGCCCUCAUCAAGAUUGAAUCACCGACUAAGCUUCCAGUACUGUUGCUGGGCCAUUCAGCAGACCUGAGGCCAGGGGAAUUUGUGGUCGCCAUCGGCAGCCCAUUUUCCCUCCAGAACACAGUCACCACGGGAAUUGUGAGCACCACCCAACGAGGAGGCAAGGAGCUGGGCCUGCGCAACUCUGACAUGGACUACAUUCAGACUGAUGCCAUCAUCAAUUAUGGCAACUCUGGAGGGCCUCUGGUAAAUCUGGAUGGCGAGGUAAUCGGGAUCAACACGCUGAAAGUGACCGCCGGCAUUUCGUUUGCCAUACCCUCAGACAAGAUCCGACAGUUCCUGGCAGAGUCCUACGACCGGCAGUCGCGAGGGAGGACAGCAGCUAAGAAGAAGUAUAUUGGUGUGAGGAUGAUGACUCUCACUCCAGCGCUAGCCAAAGAGCUGAAGAGUCGACACCGUGACUUCCCCGACAUCACCUCUGGAGCCUAUGUCAUGGAAGUCAUCGCCAAGACACCAGCUGCAGUUGGUGGUCUUAAAGAGCAUGAUGUCAUCAUCUCCAUCAACGGCCACAGGAUCUCAUCAGCGACAGAUGUAAGCACUGCUAUCAAGAGGGAUUCCACGCUCAGAGUAGUCGUGCGCCGGGGAAAUGAGGACGCUAUCUUAACCAUCGUUCCCAUGGAAAUUGACCCUUGA